AUGACAAGUCGUUGGCCCAACAUUGUCUCAGCAACCAAGAAUAUUCAGAGACUCUCCCAGCAGAGUUUGUGGAAGGAAGCUAUCGGGGCUUUGCAAAGCCAAAUGCUGGACGUAGCUUUGCAGCCAGAUCCAGUUGCCUUUACAGUGACCUUAGCAAGCUUCAGAGAGACUGGACAGUGGCUGCCUGCAAUGCAGCUCUAUGAUCAAAUCCUGAAUUGCUGUGUCCAGAGCAACGUCAUCACCUUCAACACCAUCAUCAGCAGCUGUUGGGGUCACUGGGAACUCGCCCUCGCAAUGUUGAGGGGAAUGCCGGACAUCUUGGUAAACCCGGAUGAUGUGAGCUGCAAUACGGUCUUGAGCACCUGCGAAAAGUCGAAGAUUUGGCUAAGGGCCUCCAACUUGUUGUCGGCGAUGAGCACUUCUGGGCGGCCUGAUGUCAUUAGUCAAAGUGCGACAAUCAGUGCAUGUGGAGGUUUGUGGCCAGUGGCACUAGCUCUUCGACUUGAGCUGUCCAACAUGGGCAUUGAAACCAAUGAGAUAGCAGAGAAUUCGUGCCUGUCCUCUGAGAAGGUUGCGGAAUGGGAGUUGACGUUGCAAGGCCUUCGCAGGUUUCAGACCUUGAGCAUGCAGCCAAGCCCAAAUGCCAUCAGUGCAGUGGUCUCAUCAACCAAUCGAUGGGAAGAUGUCCUUGCCAUCGUUGCAAUGGCCGCAGAGCUCAAUGUCUUGGAUCCCAUCUUGCUGAAUGUUGCCAUGGAUUCAUGUGGCACCACAUGGGAACUGGCGGGCCUCUACCUUGGAUCCACAGCAUCUUCGUUGGGAUCCAUGCUCUCCAAGCGGCUUGCUGCUGACAAGGCAAGUUUUGGUGCAGCGAUGACAGCAUGUUCAGGAGCUCGGCAAUGGCGAUCCACCUUGGCACUUCAGAUGCAGAUCCGAUUGUUGGGGCAGCCGGAUUUCAUCAGUUUCUCUGCAGCAAUGAGUGCGUUUGAAAAGGCAAGCCGCUGGCAGCCUGCGAUGGAGAUCCUCAGUGAUGCUUUGCGUUGGGAGGUUGCUGAUGAGAUCCACUUUGGAGCAUUGAUUGGG